AUGGAGCAGCAGCAGCAGCAGCAGCAGCAGAAGCCGGCCAAGUUCCACUGCCAGUUCGCGGGCUGCAACCGCUCGUACCUGAGGAGCGAGCAUCUCAACCGCCAUGCGCUGAUUCACAAGAAGGGCGCCUUUCUCUGCUAUCUGUGCCAGAGACGCUUCACCCGCAACGACCUGCUCAACGCCCAUCUGCGGCGCCAUGAGAAGCGCAAGUCUGCCUCCGAGGGCUCAGACGCUGCCCUCGCGCCGCUCUCGCCCUCGCCCUCCGCCAGCAACAACAGCAGCAACCUAGCCGUCGUCGCCAGCAGCUCCCCGUCGGACGCCAGGUCCUCGCCGGCCACCGCAGAAUGGCAUCUCGAGCAGCAGCAGAGCCAGGACGUUGGCCGUCGUCCCGCAGCCCAUUUCCCGUCCAUGGCGCCUCUCACGCUCCCGUCGCCCUCGCCUCGAUCCGAUCCCGCCGGCCAUAUACACAGCGGCGGCAGCAGCAGCAACAGUAAUAGCAACAGUAGCAGCAGCAGCCACGGCCUGCACCCCCAUGGGCCUCCGCAGGGCUCAAUGGGCGCCGUGGGCCAUCUACCACACCUGCUCGGCCAGCAGCAGCAGCAGCAGCAGCAGCAUCACUCCCACCAGCCGUACCUGGCCAUGCCCUCGCCGUUCGACGACUACCCGUGGCUGUUCCAUAGCACCAGCCUCUUCGAUCUGCCCUCGGACGACUACCUCAAUCUUCAUUUCGGGAAUACUGCUGACCAUACGUCGCCUCCUGACAUAUACCUCCCGUCUAUCGGUUCGAACUCCCCCCAGCAUGAGGCUCCUCAGAUCACGGCUCUCGACCAUGAGAGGAUACUGAACCAUUGUUCCGAUCUACUGAAUACCCCGUUAAAGGACCAUAUCAGAAUGAACCAGAUUCUCCGUUGGGCAUUGGAUUAUUGCGAUAUAUACAUGCCCUUUUUCCACCGUCCAACUCUCAAUUUGUCCCGAUCUCCCCCUGUUUUGCUCCUCGCAUUGUGCAGUCUGGGAGCGUUUCUUAGCAGAACGCAGGAGUACUAUGAAGUGGGCAAACUGCUUCACAGGCAUGUGUGGUCUCAGACUAUCGAGAAACCGCUUAUGAGUGCAAGGGUCGAGAUGCCUUUUAUACAGACAUUAGUUGUCCUGGAACACAUCUGUACGUAUGCCAUGGCACGUCACGAACAUGAAAUGUCGGAGAUAGUGCACGGGAUAAUCGUUACGCUCGCACGACGAAACAAUCUUAUGACAGAAGGGCCCAACCGAGAGGGGGGCUCACGACAGUCCCCAGAUGUCAGGUGGAGAGAAUGGGCACAGCGGGAAUCCGUUAUCAGGAUAGCGCAUACAAUCUUUGUCAACGACGUACAGUAUAUGGUCUACUUCUCACAUCAUGCCUUACUUUCUGUGGGCAUGAUGAAAAUACCCCUUCCGAGCCGGCAGUCACUAUGGGAUGCACCGUCAGCCGUCAAGUGGGAGGAUGAGAUGCGCCAGCUAAAGAAGACGACCCGAUCAAGGUACUUCAGCCUAGACUCCGCCGUGCAAUCAAUACUAUCCAUGAAAGACGCAGAGCACAUGCGCGAGGUUCUCCACUGGCACAGCACUCCCAGCCCGCUAUCACUGCACAUCCUUAUCCAUGGCAUAACGUCGGCGAUAGGGGAUGCAAAGUACCGAUCCGUCUCGUCUUCAAGCAGUCUGGUUAUUCGCGAGCUGCAGAGACUGGAGUUUGACAGCGCACUAGCGUACUGGCGAGACCAGUUCGACCAGCUAUCUGGCCCUGAUCAGCGAUGUCAGCUAUCAUGGUGUGCCCUGGUCAUGUAUGACUUCUCUGCAGUCCUACUUCGGAACAAUCUGUCCGACAUUCAGAUGGCAGCUGGAAGUGCCUUUUCGUCGGGACGCACAGUUACACCUCAAGUAGCACAGGCGGCGUACACGCGGCUAGUGUCCACGGACCCCGUCUGCCAUGAUUCCUACCUGCACGCCCUCGAGGUGGUCGGUCUAUGCAUAGAGGAAGGCACCGGCAACUGCAGCGUCAAACCCGGCCUUGGAGUGCUAUUGUCCCAGCCCAUUUCACAGCCUCGACCGUUAUGGCAGACGUACUGUGCAUUCCUUGGCCUUCUUGUCCUCUGGGCUCGAGCCCUUGGUCUAGAAAACAAGGAGCAGUCUCGCAACGUGUCCAGGAUAGGGCUACGGCAGUUCUCACUGCAGGCAAUUCCGUCAACUGCUGCAACCAUCUUGGCCAACAUGCACCACAGGGAGCAGGCUCAGUUCUCAGCCGCCUCAGUAGAAGUCCAGGUGCUUAAAAGCGAGCUGAGAGAAUUGAUCGGCACCGUCAGUGACCGGCUCUCGGCCAGCUCAUGGGAGAUAUCACAUGAGGCGGCUAGAAUCCUGACCUCCUUGGUAGAGAGGGAAGGGCUGAACUAUCAUAGAAGGGCAAGCUCUCUUCUACAGGCUUCCCGUGAAUGACAUCUAUGGCAGGGCUAGUCUUGGAGCAGUAUGAAAGGAUUCGACUAACUCACCCGCUUGACAUACUCCCCCAAUACUCGCCUGUCUGGUUUUUUUCCAACCAAGUAGAUGUACUAUUAAGACUGCUCCUAUCUAUCUAUAUAUACACACAUAUAUAUUUGGUACUCAAGAAGAGGAUGGUCCUCUUGCCAGUAUCAACAUUGGACAGGCAGAUACCCUUUCAAUAUACGAUUCCCAUGGCUCUCCAUACCUAUUUCUUUAUAGUGUUUAUUGAAGUUAGCAUGCCCCAAUCUGCAUUUCUUUCCUUUCCUUUCUUGUGUUGCUAGUAUAAACCCUUGCCUUUGCUUGGAGUGUUUAGGCAUGCAAGAGACAAUAACAUCCUCCUUUCGCUUUUACCAACAUCUACACAUCUAACCAGUCAGCGCGUAUUCGACGUCUCUUUUAUCCUCUACACCACUAUAACACUGCUGCCACAGCCUACCUGCAGUAUAGAGGUAUGCCUUACUGAUCUAAUCUAUAUAAACAGCUCCUAAUUGAAUGGUCUCCUAGUACUACUACUACGCCUCGCAGUACGCUCACAAAAUGUGCAGCAAGACCACUCCGAAAUAUGCCUGUGGACAUCUGGGAGCAACCCGUAUACUUCCAUGCCAUAAGAAGGAAUGCAAGGGACCUGUCCUAGCCAUCCUUCCCAGCCGUCUGAUGUGUGCAUCUUGCUGCAAGAUACGAGAUAUGAGGUAAUAGGGGGGGAUAUAGAGCAACAGACGCGACACAACAGAGAAGAAACAAGGAAGUCUGCAGCCCUGGAGAGAUGAACAUGUAGUUAAGAGGCGGAUAUGCUUUAUUUACAGCCUGUCAUUGUGUGAAUUGUGUGAAUCUGCUGUGGUUUCUACUGUACCAAGUUGCAUCUCUCCAGCCCCUGACUAGCUGGUAUGCCAUGAACUCUCCAGCUGCCAUCAACGAAGGAACUCAGGGAAGUCAAGGACAGCCAAAUGCUACUGCUAUCAAGUACAUAACAAAGUCCAGGGUCAAACAAAGUCCUCCUGCCCCUGCCUCAGCCUGAGUAAAUGAAACAAGACGUUAUGUAAAUACCCUUGGCUUGCCGCCAGCCCAGCAGGCACCCCCUGGCCGGUUUACGCAUAACACGCCAGCUAUAACCAACUAGCAAACUCAUAA